CCAGGCUACUUGAUGCCCCCCCGCCCCCUUCCCCGGCAUGCCUUCCGCUCUGCCGGUCAGCGCUGGCUCCUGCCUGCUGCCAAGGAGGCUGGACUUUCUUUCAGGAAGGGGCAGUGGUUGCUGGGGUGGGGUGGCGGGGGGAAGCAUCGGGCGGCCUGUUGCCAUAGCAACCGUGGCCUCUCUGCGGGAACUUCAGGGAGAGCAGCCCUGGGGAAGUAACAGAUGGAGGGCGAGGGGGCAGACUUAUCUCCGACCAGCAUCGGUCCAUGAAGCCUGGCACCUGUCUGCCUGGAUGGGGGGUGAGGCUGAAGUGCCCCCUUACCCGGCGCUGAGUCACGGGCAUCCCCCCGUGUCCCCGCCUCGGCUCUCAGCCCUGCCCCCUCCCAGCCUCCCUCUGAGAAAUCCGUGACUCACGUAUGGUCCCGUCAUCCCCAGCCGAGCUUGGAGGAGGGAGGAGCCCAGCUGGGGCAGGAGCGGGGUGUUCACCCCCCCCCCCCCCAAAACACACACCCCGGUGCCUUCACACUGGCUGCCUGCCUUGCCCUGCCUCAGGAGAGAGGCUGGGAGUCUCCACGCUCACCAGCUCUCACAGAAACGGGACCACAGCUGGUAGGUUAAGCCUUGGAGGUGGCUAUCGAAAGGUGGUUCAGCUGUUCAGCCCCACGCGGGAUCUUCUACCCGUCCGCAGGUGGUGAUUUCUCAGAGUGACUUUGGAGUGGAAGAUGGCUGCUCAAGCACAGCUGCAGAUGGUGCUUCUCCUGCUGGGUAUGCCCCUGGUUCCAGGUACCCGUGGCGGGGGCCCCCGGGAAGACUUCUGCUUCUGUGGCCAGCGGAACCAGACGCAGGACAGCAGCCUCCAUUAUAAGCAGACGUCCGAGCUGCACAUCUCCAUCAGGAACUCCAAGGAGACCCUCACGGUCCAUGCGCCCUUCCCUGCACUCCAUCCCUCUUCUUGGUCAUUCCCUCACCCCAGGGGCCUGUACCACUUCUGCCUCUACUGGAACCGCCAGGCUGGGAAAUUGCAUCUCCGCUACGGCAAGAGCGACUUCAUGCUGAGUGACCAGGCCUCUGACUUCCUGUGCUUCCGGCAUCAGGAGGAGAGCCUGGCCGGCGGGGCCCCGCUCUUCGCCACCUCUGUCAGCUCCUGGUGGAGCCCCCAGAACACCAGUCUGCCCAGUGCAGCCGGCUUCAUCUUCUCCUUCCACAACCCUCCCUCGAAGGCCUCCCACAACGCCUCGGUGGACAUGUGUGAGCUGAAAAAAGACCUCCAGCAGCUCAGCCAGUUUCUGAAGCAUCCCCGGAAGAGCUCAAGGAGGCCCCCAUUCACCCCCACGGGCCAGCAGCUGCAGAGCCUGGAGUCGAAGCUGACCUCUGUGAGCUUCGCAGGGGACACGGUGUCCUUCGAGGAGGAUCGGGUCAACGCCACAGUGUGGAAGCUCCAGCCCACAGCCAGCCUCCAGGACCUGCACAUCCACUCCCGGCGGGAGGAGGAGCAGAGCGAGGUCCUGGAGUACUCGGUGCUGCUGCCCCGCACACUCUUCCAGAGGAACAAGGGCCGGAGGCAGGAGACCGAGAAGAGACUCCUCCUGGUGGACUUCAGCAGCCAAGCCCUGUUCCAGGACAAGAAUUCCAGCCAGGUCUUGGGGGAAAAGGUCUUGGGUAUCGUCGUGCAGAACACCAAAGUAGCCAACCUCUCAGAGCCUGUGGUGCUCACCUUCCAGCACCAGCCACAGCCGAAGAAUGUGACUCUACAGUGUGUAUUCUGGGUUGAAGACCUGACAUCAAGCAGCCCGGGCAGCUGGAGCGAUGUGGGGUGUGAGACCAUCAGGAGAGAGACGCAGACGUCCUGCCUCUGCAACCACCUGACCUACUUUGCAGUGCUGAUGGUUGCCUCCGUGGAGGUGGACACCGUACACAAGCACUACCUGACCCUCCUCUCCUACGUGGGCUGUGUCAUCUCCGCCCUGGCCUGCGUCCUCACCAUCGCUGCCUACCUCUGUUCCAGGAGGAAGUCCAGGGAUUACACCAUCAAGGUGCACAUGAACCUGCUGCUGGCCAUCUUCCUCCUGGAUGUGAGCUUCCUGCUCAGCGAGCCGGUGGCCCUGGCGGGCUCCGAGGCUGCCUGCCGCGCCAGUGCCAUCUUCCUGCACUUCUCCCUGCUCGCUUGCCUCUCCUGGAUGGGCCUUGAGGGCUACAACCUCUACCGACUUGUGGUCGAGGUCUUUGGCACCUACGUCCCAGGCUACCUACUCAAGCUGAGCAUCGUGGGCUGGGGCUUCCCCAUCUUCCUGGUGACACUGGUGGCACUGGUGGAUGUGAACAACUAUGGCCCCAUCAUCCUAGCUGUGCACAGGACCCCAGAAAGCGUCAUCUACCCUUCCAUGUGCUGGAUCCGGGACUCCUUGGUCAGCCACGUCACCAACCUGGGCCUCUUCAGCCUGGUGUUUCUGUUCAACAUGGCCAUGCUGGGCACGAUGGUGGUGCAGAUCCUGCGGCUGCACCCACACACCCAGAAGUGGCCCCACGUGCUCACCCUGCUGGGCCUCAGUCUGGUCCUCGGCCUGCCCUGGGCCUUGGUCUUCUUCUCCUUUGCUUCUGGCACCUUCCGGCUUGUCGUCCUCUACUUUUUCAGCAUCAUCACCUCCUUCCAAGGCUUCCUCAUCUUCCUCUGGUACUGGUCCAUGCGCCUGCAGGCCCGGGGUGGGCCCUCCCCUCUGAAGAGCAGCUCAGACAGCACCAGGCUUCCCAUCAGCUCGGGCAGCACCUCGUCCAGCCGCAUCUAGGCCACCAGCCCCCGCCGGUGUGAGGAAGCAGAGCUGUGGUCUUUCUUCACUGCUGCCUGCGGCCCUGCAGCCAGGCCCAGCCCUUGGUAGGCCAGCUGGAGACUUGAGAAGGCCCGAGGACAGGACCUCGGAGGGAUGGGGCUGUUGCCAUGGCAGCCAGACUCCCAGGCUGGGCCUUCUGAAUUGGCUGGGGGACUACUUGCCUCUUGGGUCCAGCUCAGGGGGCUCAGGAGUGGACUGUCCCCCGGCUAUCCUAGCCUGGGGCUCAAGGCUGGUCUCGAGCCAGCUGGGGGUUAGGAGUCUGCCGGCCUUGGACCUUGGAGGCUCGUGGCAUCUUUGGCCCUGUGACCCAGCCCGGGACGGAAGUGUACCCUAGCUGCCGUGUCUCUGGUGAUCAGCGUGAGGGCACCUGGUAGCUCCUGUCGUUUGAUCUAAGGAUCUAAGGAUGGCACACAGGGAACAUGGGUUGGGGCAGAACUCUGAGCCAGACCCCUGGAGGAGAGCUCCCUCCCUGGAGCAUAGUGACAGCUCCCCUACCUCUGAGCCCAGGGCCCUCAGCCUUUGUCAGCCUCCCCAGCCCUCCCUCUCCCCGUGCUGAUCAUUUCCUUGGACCUCCCCAGCCCUCCCCUCACAGCCCGGGGUCCCUGAUACCAAUGCUGGAUUUUGCGUCGUGGUUCCCAAGAGCUGCCUGGUGCCUGCUGUAAACCUUUAUCUACUACUGCGUGGGCCUUUGCCUGCCCCUGACUCAGGCUUAGUGUAAACAUUCUGGGCUGGGCUAGGUCCUUCUUUCCAUCUGGGCCUCUCUCUAGCUGCAUCACCCUUGCUCACCACUGCCAAGCCCACACCUCACCGGGGCCCGCAGCCUCUCCCGAAGCCCUCUGGUGGCAAGAAUCAUAGAACGUAGCAGUCCAAAUAUGUUUCCAACCCAGCACUCCAAAGACUGAGAUACGCCUCCCUGGUGACGCUGGUAGAGCCUGACAUGCUUCUUAGAACCUCUGCAGACGAUCUUGAGCACACCGCAGCCCAUCACAGUUAAUUCUGCUGGACACAGAUGGCCAGACCUGGUUGCUCCCUCUGCGAGCUCUCAGUCUAGUGUGGGAGGCAUGCAUGAGACAAGAACUCUUAGAGCUACAGGCACAGAGCUGGGGGAGCCAUCAUUCCUGGCUGGGAAUGUGGGAAGACUUCCUGUAGGAGGCAGCAUGCGACCUGGCUCUCCGCCUUAAAGAUGGGGAGGAUUUUCUUUGUCAUUACCAGUUCAUUUGUCUUUUGAUAUUAAAAAGAAGUACAUGUUCAUUGUAGAGAAUUUGGAAGCUGUAGAAGAGUACACAGAAGAAAAUAAAAAUCAGCUGUUAUCACCUAACCAA